CAUACCCUUAGUUCUAGAAGGAUAAUUUGAAAAAGGUAGCAAAAGCCAUUUCCCGCCUAACUGAUUCAAACUUCACUGUCUCAAGCAAAUGCCGCUCCUCAAGACUUCAACAAACAAAUCUGAAACCUCUGCACUCCUCUGCAAACUCCUAAACUCCCACAGGGUUUUGAUCUCCAAAACCCUACGCUUUAUCAAUCCCAGAAUUUCGACCAUUUUCAUUUCCAGAAUUUUCCCACGAACAGAAAAUGCACAUAAAGGAAAUCUGCUUGGAGGGUUUCAAAUCCUACGCCACAAGGACGGUGGUCCCAGGUUUCGACCCGUACUUCAACGCAAUCACUGGUCUAAACGGGUCGGGCAAAUCGAACAUCCUCGAUUCGAUUUGUUUUGUUUUGGGAAUUACCAAUUUGCAGCAGGUUAGGGCUUCCAAUUUGCAGGAGCUGGUGUACAAGCAAGGUCAAGCUGGAAUCACUAAAGCUACCGUGUCAGUAGUUUUUGAUAACUCGGAUAGGAGCCGAAGCCCGCUGGGGUACGAGGAUUCUUCUGAAAUCACAGUGACUCGCCAGGUGAAGUUGUGUUGGGAGGAAUUAGUGUUACACAAAGAGUUCAAGCAUUUGCUUCUGAUUUGGGUUUAUAUUAUUGUAGUAGGUGGAAGGAAUAAGUAUCUGAUUAACGGGCAUCUUGCUCAGCCCAGUCGAGUUCAGAAUCUGUUCCACUCAGUGCAGCUGAAUGUGAAUAAUCCACAUUUUCUUAUAAUGCAAGGGCGUAUUACCAAGGUGUUGAACAUGAAACCUCCUGAAAUUUUGUCUAUGCUAGAAGAAGCAGCUGGGACAAGAAUGUAUGAAACAAAGAAAGAAGCCGCUUUAAAAACACUUGAAAAGAAACAGAGCAAGGUAGAUGAGAUUGACAAGCUUCUUGACCUUGAAAUACUCCCGGCGUUGGAAAAACUAAGAAAGGAGAAGAUGCAGUACAUGCAGUGGGCAAAUGGGAAUGCAGAACUGGAUAGACUCAAGAGAUUUUGUAUUGCCUAUGAGUAUGUGCAGGCAGAAAACAUAAGGGAUAAUGCAGUUCAGUGUGUUCAAGACGUAAGAAAUAAGAUGUUGGAGAUUGAUGAUACUGUUGGAAAGAUGCACUCAGAAAUGCAGGAGAUGGAGAAACAGGUAUCAGAAUUGAUUGCUGCAAAGGAAGAAAGUAUGGGUGGUGAAAUAAAAUUGUUAUCAGAUAAAGUAGAUGCUCUUUCACGGGAUCUGGUGAAGGAAACUUCAGUGCUCAAAAAUCAAGAAGACAAUCUUAUGAUUGAGAAAGGAAAUGCAGCCAAGAUUGAGAGGAAUCUUGAAGAGUCGAAGCAAGCAGUUGGGGAGCUGAUCAAUGCAGUAAAAAAUGCUGAAGCAGGUGCUGCUGAUCUUAAGAAAAGUGCGGAGGAGCUCUCAAAGAGCUUGGAUGAGCAUGAAAAGGAGUACCAGGGUGUGGUAGCAGGUAAGAGAAGUGGAAAUGAAGAAAAGUGCCUUGAAGAUCAAUUGGGAGAUUCCAAGAUAGCUGUUGGAAGGGCAGAAACCGACUUGAAGCAGUUGCAAACAAAAAUAGUUCACUCUGAGAAAGAACUAAAAGAGAAAACAGGUCAAUUAUUAUCAACACGUGAGAAAGCUGCUGCAAUAGAGAGUGAGCUCAAUGUCAAAAGGAAAGAGGUUGAGAAGGAUCGCACUAUAGAGUUGGAGAUGGUGCAAAAAUUUAAAGAGGAAGCGCGCACAUUAUCCUCACGAUUGGCUAAUGUAGAAUUCAUUUACAAUGAUCCACAAAAGAAUUUUGAUAGGUCAAGAGUGAAAGGUGUGGUCGCAAAGCUAAUUAAAGUGAAGGAUAGCUCUACAAUGCUUGCCUUAGAGGUUGCUGCUGGCGGAAAGCUGUUUAAUGUAGUUGUAGACACAGAAGACACUGCAAAGCUGCUUAUUGAGAAGGGUGGUCUGCGUAGGAGGGUGACAACAAUUCCAUUAAACAAGAUUCAAAGUCACCCUGUUCCACAGAGAGUUCAAAAUGCUGCCACUAAAUUGGUUGGGAAAGGCAAUGCUGAGGUUGCACUUUCUCUGGUUGGAUAUGACCAAGAACUACAAAGUGCUAUGGAAUACGUGUUUGGAUCAACAUUUGUCUGCAGAACAAGAGAUGCUGCUAGAGAGGUCACUUUUAGUAAGGAAACUGGAGUACCAAGCGUCAGCUUGGAAGGUGAUAUUUUCCAACCGAGUGGACUUUUGACUGGUGGUAGUCGUAAAGGUGGAGGUGACCUAUUGAGACAGCUUCAUGCUUUGGCAGAGGCUGAAUCAAAAGUUUCUUUUCAUCAGAAGCGUUUGUCAGAAAUUGAUGCUAAGAUUAUCGAGCUCCUGCCUCAUCAACAAAAGUUCAAUGACCUUAAAACACAGCUGGAGCUCAAGUCACAUGAUCUCUCACUCUCGGAAAAUAGAGCUAAGCAAAAUGAGCACCAUAAGCUCAGCGAGUUAGUUAAGAAGAUCGAGGAGGAGCUUAGAGAAGCAAAAUCAGCUAUCAAAGAAAAGCAACUUCUGUAUGAAGAAUGUGUAGCUAAAGUAUCAGAUCUUGAAAAAUCAAUCCAUGAAAAUGCUGGAAAUAGAGAAAGUAGACUUAAGGAUUUAGAGAAAAAGAUAAAGGCAAUUAAAAAUCAAAUGCAGGCGGCUUCUAAGAACCUCAAGGUCCACGAGAAUGAACGAGAGAGGCUUAUAAUGGAGAUGGAAGCAGCUCAAAAGGAACAGGCUUUAUUGGAGAGCCAAUUAGCUGCUUUGAAGAAGCAGACUCAUGAUCUUGAUACAGAAGUGGAUGCUCAGAAAGCCAAGGUGUCUUUAGUGAAACAGGAUCAUGAUAAGGCCCAAUUGGAGCUCAAUAUGGCCCACAAGAAGAUGAAGGAAUGUGAUACACAGAUUUCUGGAAUUGUCAAGAAGCAGAAGGGAAUCCAACACAAGAUCAGUGAGGCUAACCUAGAAAGGAAAAGAAUGGAGAAUGAGGUCAAACGCAUGGAGAUGGACCAGAAGGAUUGCUCAUCAAAGGUUGAGAAAUUGAUAGAGAAGCAUGCUUGGAUUGCAUCUGAAAAGCAACUUUUUGGACGAGCUGGGUCUGAUUAUGAUUUCAAUUCCUGUGAUCCUCAGAAGGCCAGGGAAGACUUUGAGAAACUCCAAGCUGCCCAAUCUGGUCUAGAGAAAAGAGUGAAUAAGAAGGUGAUGGCCAUGUUUGAGAAAGCUGAGGAUGAGUACAAUGACUUGAUAUCUAAGAAGAACAUUAUUGAGAAUGACAAGUCCAAAAUCAAAAUGGUAAUCGAAGAACUUGAUGAGAAGAAGAAGGAAACACUGAAAGUCACUUGGACUAAAGUUAACAAAGAUUUUGGAUCUAUAUUUUCAACUCUUUUGCCUGGCACAAUGGCCAAAUUGGAACCUCCUGAAGGAGGCAACUUCCUUGAUGGUUUGGAGGUUCGUGUUGCUUUCGGCAGUGUGUGGAAACAAUCCUUGUCUGAACUUAGUGGAGGGCAAAGAUCUCUACUGGCGCUUUCUCUGAUAUUGGCUUUGCUUCUUUUCAAACCAGCUCCAUUAUAUAUACUGGAUGAGGUCGAUGCAGCUCUAGAUCUGAGUCACACUCAGAACAUUGGAAGAAUGAUCAAGACUCACUUUCCACACUCCCAAUUCAUUGUGGUUUCACUGAAGGAAGGCAUGUUUAACAAUGCCAAUGUUCUUUUCCGGACGAAAUUUGUGGAUGGUGUCUCCACUGUUCAGAGAACUGUGGCAAAUAAACAAAGCAAGUGAUUAGAGUGUCACCUGGUAAUGAAGCCCCACCCCGUGGAGUUUUAGGGAUCAACUGGGGGCUGUAAACCGGACAGUUAAUGUUAUAUAUUAUGCUCUUGUAAAAUCCAUUAACCAAAUUUCGUUGUAUAUAAUAAGCCCAUGACUGCUGCAUUUGCAAAACAUACACCAAUGAGCUCUUGAGGAUAAAAUUAUAUACCUUUUGUUGUCAAAAGAGCUGAUUUUUUUAUUUUUUUUUUUGGCAACUUCGUUAUCCAACUUCUGGUGUAGUAUGGUUAUGAGGUUUUAGCAUUGUAGUAAAAAUGUGGCUAAAAAUUGUACGUGUUAACUAUUUGAUAUUAUUUUCGUAGUUUUAUCUGUUAGUUGUUCUUACGGAGGCUUUG